AUGCGCAGUGUGCCGAUCACAAACACGUGUUGUGAGUCGCCGGAGUGCUGAAGAUCCUAGAGCUUCGCUGGUCAUUAUUUCUUUUGUUUAUUUGCUAAACUCUAGACGUGUUUCUGUUUAGUUAAAUAGUACUGUCCUCCGUGAAGCUCUUGCCGAGAGGACCUGUGUGUUUAUAAGUUACGUUAGUCACUGAUUAAAACGCAUCAAACACAAUGACUGAAGCUGAAGUGAAUCCGAAAGCCUAUCCUCUGGCAGACGCCACGCUCUCCAAAACCAUUCUGGACCUGGUGCAGCAGGCGUCCAACUACAAACAGUUGAGAAAGGGGGCAAAUGAAGCCACCAAAACUCUUAACCGUGGGAUUUCUGAGUUCAUUGUGAUGGCGGCUGAUGCUGAACCUCUAGAGAUCAUCCUGCACCUGCCGCUGCUGUGUGAGGAUAAGAACGUGCCGUAUGUGUUUGUGCGCUCUAAACAGGCUCUUGGACGUGCAUGUGGAGUGUCAAGACCAGUCAUUGCCACAUCAGUCACCAUUAAGGAGGGAUCGCAGCUGAAACCUCAGAUUCAGUCUGUGCAGAUGGCUAUUGAAAGACUCCUAGUUUGAGCUCAUACUUACACAUUUGUUUUCAGGUUUUAUAAAUGAUUUCUUUGUACAAUCCUUAAGGAUUUUUCUUUUCUUUUUGUAUGUUAGAAUCAAACAAUGUUGAGUGUGUUGUUUCUCAGCAAUUGACAGCCGAAAUAAAGUUCGGUUAAAAUCAAA